AUGAGUACGAAGUCGGAAAUUCCACGAAAUUUCAUUCACGGUGAUAACGCAGCAGUGGUUACUUUUGUCACCAACGGAGUCAGUCGUACAGACAGUCUGGAUGGAGUAGCCAGCCUCAAUGGAACCUUGGAUCUCGAUUCUCCCACUCUUACCGAUCGUAGACGCCUGUCCACUCAUCGUAUUAGUCUAGAAGUACCGGAUUCAUCUGAUCAGGGAGUGAUCAGUCCCAGCAAAAGAUUUGAAAAAGUCUCCAUGAGUGAGUUAAAACAAGCGCUUCCCAGUCAGUCCUCCGUUCUGGGAAAAGUUAUGUUCGUACAAUCUCGUUGUGCUGUGAUGAACUCUGGGCUUUGUGAUGGGCACUUGCAACCUGAUAUAGGGGAUGCUGCCCUCACCGAAACUGUGACCAAUACCCCUAACAAGGAAAGUAUUCGUGCAUCAGCUCGAACGGAAAAAGUGACUUUGUUGGAGCGACUCCUAGGGUGCAUUCGGCCGCUUACGAUUUGGUGGACUAAACCAGAGGAAGCCAAUUCGCUCAGUUCAGGUAGAUUUGAUCAACAAAUUUAUAUGCCGGCCCGCUUUCUGUAUUUCAUCUCCCAAAAUUUUGAUGUUAUUAUUUGA